AUGAACUGGUUUCAUCGCUUCAUCUCUGCCUCAUUUAUCCUCUUGAGUGGACUUGGUCACCCUGUCUAUAGUGCUGACUCAAGCACUUACUACUUCAAGCACUUUCCUACAUCUGGCAGUAUCAAUGCAUGGUACAAUAACGAUAAUUCAUGGGGAGUAACCGCCCCAGGUGGUUCUGGUUUUGUUGCUAUGGUUACUGGCGAAGACUGGGGCACUUGGUCGCCAGUUCAUACUCUGCCUAAGAAGAUCAACGAUCUUAACUCUGGGCAUACAACCUGGUUUAGUCAGAAUGCUGCUCCCGCGGCAGGCCACGGAUAUGAUGCUUGCUAUGAUAUCUUCAUUGACCCGAGUUACGCCCCCACUGACCGCAACUCAAAAUAUGAGGUGAUGAUCUGGGUAGGCUAUCGCGCUCCUAAUACUCCUCUCUCCGACCAUUAUGACUCAAACGGCGCGGUUCCGUGGGCACGGAAUGUGAACAUUGGGGGCAAAGGGUGGGAUGUUUACUUAUACCAUUGGCCUACCGGUGGCGCUCUAACCAUGAGUUACGUCGACCCAAGUAACUCAGGUUGGUUCUCGGGUAGUCUAAAGCCAUUCUUCGAUCAUGGUAUUAGCAACGGCUGGUAUAGCAGGGAUGACUACUUGACCAGUGUUAUGGCAGGUUGGGAAUUCGGCCAGGGAGAUUAUACUGCUACUUCGUGGGGAGCGGUUGGAUUUUGA